AUGCAUUUUAGUCAAUGGAGCAACCUGAUUACCCUUGCUGCGGUCUACAGGAACCAGCACCUCUCACAUUUUAUCAAUACUGAUGAACUCAAAGACCUUUUCGAUAAGGUGAUACAGUUCCUGAGGCUGGUCUCGCAUCGAUCAAGCGCUCUCGAGGUUGACGGGAAAAUCCUCAGUAGUCUGAGGGACUCUCUUUUUCCCAAAGGAGUUUCCCGAGACGCACCCGACCAUCAGCCCAAACACGCCCCACAAUUCAAUGGCCCAGUCCGUCUUCCAUCCCUGUCGAUGAGUUCUGCACAGAAUUCCAAUCGGUCCUCCAUUGGGAAACAUAUACCUUGGCAGCUAUUCUUCAGAUCGUGA